AUGGCCGACUACACACAAUACCACGCCUUGGGCCAGGGCGUCGUCGACCCGAACGACCCCAAUCGCAAUAAUGUUCCUGGACAACAACAAUAUGCUCCUAGUUAUGGAGCUCCUGGUCCAUAUGGUGCGCAACCACAGCAAUCACCACCAGCCAUGGGAGGACCUCCUCCUCCCUCGGGUGCUGGUUACGGCAUUUCCCAACACCAAAACUUGCAAGGAGGCUUUGCUCAACCUGGAGCAGAUGCCGGCUUGGCUGCACAAAUGGGUGGCAUGAACUUGGGUGAUGGACAGAGUACCAUUCGCAAGAAGAAGAAAGACCGCCAUGCCUACCACACCGUCGAACCUACGGGCUCUUCCCAAGCAUUCAAUGGCAUGGGACCUCCCGGUUCCAAUCCGAAUCAAUUCAUCCCUACUGCUGCUCCCGGACAGUCAGGUGUCCCAGCAUUCGGAGGACAGUUUGGCAGUCCUCAAGGCACGCCUCAGAUGAUGAACACCAGCCAGUUCCCAACACCUGGAGCUCCUGGAGACUUUGGCUCUGGCAAUGGGAGUGCCGAUGCCUCUGCUCCCAUUUCGACUACCGGUCCUUCCAAGGUGUCCCUCGAUGCCAUGCCAAGUGUCCCCGUUUCUCGCGAUUCCGUACAACCGUACUUCCUGAAAAACGUCUAUCCCACCUUCGAACGUCACGUACCACCCCCGGCCACCGUUUCCUUCGUUGCCUUCGAUCAAGGUAAUGCCUCUCCUAAAUACGCCCGAUUGAGUUUAAACAACAUACCCGCUACUUCGGACGGUUUGCAGGCUACCGGCCUUCCCCUUGGCCUCCUCUUGCAGCCUCUGGCUCCUCUCCACGCAGGUGAGGCUGAGAUUCCUGUUCUGGAUUUUGGUGAUUCGGGACCCCCGCGAUGCCGUCGGUGCCGCGCCUACAUCAACCCCUUCAUGAUGUUCCGAUCUGGCGGCAACAAGUUUGUGUGCAACCUGUGUACGCACCCCAAUGAUACGCCCCCCGAAUACUUUUGCGCUACCAGCCCGCAGGGCGUUCGUGUAGAUCGAGAUCAGCGACCCGAGUUGCACCGAGGGACUGUCGAAUUCGUCGUGCCCAAGGAGUACUGGACCAGGGAACCCGUUGGCUUGCGUUGGCUGUUUCUCAUCGAUGUAUCGCAAGAGUCAUACAAUAAGGGGUUUUUGGAGACUUUUUGCGAUGGCAUUUUGGCUGCCCUAUAUGGGGGAGAGGAUCAAGAAAAGGACGAGAACGGAGAACCAAAGAGACGAGUCCCCGAAGGCGCUAAAGUCGGGUUCGUCACAUAUGACAAGGACAUUCACUUUUACAACAUGCAUCCCGGCUUGGAUCAACCGCAAAUGCUCAUCAUGCCCGACCUUGAGGAUCCUUUCCUUCCUCUUGGAGAAGGCCUAUUUGUCGAUCCCUACGAGUCCAAGUCAAUCAUCUCUUCUCUACUGACGAGACUGCCCGAGAUGUUUUCUGACGUGAAGAAUCCGGAGCCGGCUCUGCUUGCUACCCUAAACGCAGCUUUGGCAGCCCUCGAGAAGACUGGCGGCAAAAUUGUGUGCUCAUGCUCCGCGCUGCCAACUUGGGGUCCUGGCAGGCUAUUUAUGCGUGAUGACGGCAAUCAUCCUGGAGGCGAACUUGAUAAGAAGCUCUAUACUACGGAACAUCCUGCCUGGAAGAAAGUGGCUGAAAAGAUGGCUGCUGGUGGCAUCGGUGCCGACUUUUUCCUUGCUGCUCCUUCGGGUGGUUACCUCGACAUUGCUACGAUUGGGCAUGUUGCGGCUACUACCGGCGGAGAGACAUUCUAUUAUCCCAAUUUCAUCGCCCCACGGGACGGCCCGAAAUUGUCUGCCGAAAUUAGCCAUACGGUGACGAGAGAAACUGGCUUCCAAGCGUUGAUGAAGGUUCGGUGCUCCAAUGGUCUGCAGGUGUCAGCUUAUCACGGCAACUUUGUGCAACAUACAUUUGGGGCCGACCUUGAGAUUGGCGUUAUAGAUGCAGACAAGGCUUUGGCAGUUUCAUUCAGCUACGAUGGCAAGCUCGACUCCAAACUGGACGCUCACUUCCAGUCCGCCCUCUUAUACACCACUGCCUCUGGUCAACGCAGGGUUCGUUGUUCCAACAUCAUUGCUAGCGUGAGCGAAACUUCCAAGGAAGCUGGCAUGCGGGAACAGGGCAUUCGAGCAUGCAUGAAGUUUGUGGACCAAGAUGCCGUGAUUGCCCUUCUGGCAAAGGAGGCCGGCACGAAGCUUGCUACCACUUCGAGCAAUCUGAAGGACAUACGAAACUGGCUUGCUGAGCGGACGAUCGAUGUCAUGUCAUGCUAUAGGAAACACUCAGCACAACAGCAUCCGGCUGGCGAACUGGUCAUGCCCGAGAAGCUAAAGGAGUUUUGCAUGUAUAUGCUGGGACUCACCAAGUGCAGAGCCUUCAAAGGUGGCGUUGAGAACUCAGACAGGAGAGUACAUGAAAUGCGCAUGGUCCGUUCGAUGGGCGCCUUGGAACUGAGUUUGUAUCUCUACCCUCGCAUCAUUCCGGUUCACAACCUGCAACCUGAGGAGGGGUUCGCAGAUGCGGAGACGGGCCACCUCAAGAUGCCGCCUUCGAUACGAGCGUCAUUCUCCCGCAUCGAAGCCGGCGGCGUGUAUCUCGUUGAUAAUGGUCAACAGUGCCUGCUGUGGUUCCAUUCACAAACAUCACCAAACCUUGUUGCUGAUCUCUUCGGCGAAGACAAGGAUUCCCUGAAGAGCCUGGACGCAUAUACCUCGUCAAUGCCGGUCUUGGAAACCCAUCUGAACGCUCAAGUCCGCAAUAUUAUUGAGUUUCUAAAGACGAUGCGCGGCUCCAAGGGCUUAACCAUCCAACUCGCUCGGCAAGGAAUCGACGGUGCCGAAUUUGAAUUUGCCCGCAUGUUGGUAGAGGAUAGAAACAACGAGGCGCAAAACUACGUCGAUUGGUUGGUCCACGUGCACAGAGGAGUGCAACUCGAGUUGAGCGGUCAGCGCAAGAAAGAAAGCGAAACGGAUCUGAAUACCCUGUCAAACUUUACCGGGCUCAGACCAACAAUGUGGUAA